AAAAGUGGUUAGGUUUUAUGGGUGUUUUUAAUGGCUAGAAUGUUUGUUAUAUUCUAAAGUAAGCGAGGUAAUGAAUUCGAAAGGUUGUUUUUACAAUUUAUUGUUAUUUUAUCAUCUAUUUAAAAGGUUGAAUAUCAAUAACGCUUCUGGACACUUUGUCAUCUGACAUACAAUCAGAAGAAAUGUCCAAGAAAAGAAAACCUCUUUCACAAAUUCCAUCAAUGCAAGGUGAACCAUCCAAUAAACGUGUAAGAAAUGGCGAUGAAGCAUGUGAGGAGCUGAGAGCAGGGAGCAUCCGAUACAUGGCCCUGAAAAAUUUCAUGUGUCACUCUUUCCUAGAAGUUAAUUUUGAAAAUAACGUUAAUGUUGUGAUUGGCAAGAAUGGUAGUGGCAAAAGUGCGUUAUUAACAGCAUUGAUUGUGGGCCUUGGUGGAAAGGCUUCUUUGACAAACCGGGGAUCAAGCAUAAAAGGUUUCAUAAAGGCUGGUAAAACAUCAGGAUCGGUAGAAAUACAUUUAAAUAAUACUGGGAAUUAUGCCUACAAACAUGUCACUUUUGGAGACAAGAUUAUAAUUAUAAGACAUCUAAGUGUGACUGGGACUGGAAAUUACAAAGUACAAAAUGAAAAUGGAGUUCUUAUAUCUAGUUCAGCAAAAGACGUCAAAAACAUUGUAACAUCGCUAAGAAUACAAGUAGAUAAUCCUAUAUGCAUUCUAAAUCAAGAUACAUCAAGGAAUUUUUUAAGUAGUAAUGACCCUAAACAAAAGUUUAUUUUGUUCAAAAGGGCGACUAGACUUGAAACUCUAUAUGAGGAGUAUAAUAAAAUUAAACUCAAUCAACAAGAGGCUGUUGAAAUUUUUGGCAACAAAGAAUCUUGUUUUAAAAAAAUGCAGAGUGACUUAAAGAAAAUGAAAUUAAAAAUUGAUGGUCGUAACCAAGUAAUCACUCUGAAAGAGAAAAGAGCUGCUCUUCAGAGUGAGUUAUUGUGGGCAAAAGUAAGAGAUACAGAAAAAGAAUAUGAAGAGAAAGAAAAGCAUAUUCAAGAUUUGGAAGCAAAGGUCAGGGGAGUAAAAAAUGAAAUAGAAGAAAAAGGUGAAUCAGUGAAAGAGUUAAGGGAAAAAAUUAGUGCUUUAGAGAGAGAAAAAGCAGAGUUAAUUGCAUCUAUUGAGUUACAAAAACAACCUCAAUUAGAAGCAAAAAGGGAACUUAACACUGUCAUUAAAGCUUACAAUGAAAAAAAGAUAGAAAGAACAAGAAUCAACGUCGUUAUUGAGUCACGAUCAAAGGACUUAGAAUAUCUUAAGAAAGAAAUUGAGAACGCCAAUGAAAAUUUGACUAAAGUAGAGCAGGAGAAACUAGAACGUUUACAGACCUUAAAGUCAUAUGAAGAAAAACUUAAACACACUGAAGAACACUUGCAAACUAGUAGGAAUGAUUUGUUUCAAGUUUCCAACGAUUUGUCCUAUAAGGAAACUGAAGAACAGAAUAUAUUGAGAGAUAUGAAAAAUUUAAAAACAAAAAUUUAUAAUGAUGAGUCGAGUUUACAAGCUUUGAAGCAGGAGUCCGGAAAUAGUCUUAUGUUGUAUGGAAGAGACAUGUUGAAAAUCAAACAGAUGAUUGAACAGAAUAAGAAUAAGUUUCAGCACGAGCCCCGAGGUCCACUAGGUCAAUAUAUCAAGGUUAAGGAUAAGAAAUGGGUGGUAGCAGUAGAAGGAUACAUUUCUCCUGGAUUGCUAAGCUCUUUUGCUGUAGACAAUAAAGCAGAUCUUCAGCUGUUAAGAAAGAUUUUUGACCAAUAUUGGACAGGUCAAAAGCAACCGACGAUAAUUAAUUCAAAGUUCAUUUAUAAGAAACAUGAUGUAACAAGAAACCUGGUUGAAUCACCUCCAGACUGUGUGGCCAUGUAUGAUAUUUUAGACAUAGAGGAUCCUAUUGUUUUCAAUUGUAUAAUUGAUCAGGCUGGAAUAGAAAAUAUCCUCCUCAUACCUACUGACAUCCGGGCUCAGGAACUGCUCUCCGUGGAAGCACGAGUUCCACGAAACUGUGCCCAAGGUGUUACUAUAAAUGGCGAUAAAUACUAUCCCGACCCAAAUUAUAGAUCUUAUGGAUCCAGAUACAAUAAGGCCAAAUAUCUUCAGGUUGAUACCAAAGAGCACAUGGUGCAACUGGCGGCAGGUAUCGAGAUGUUGAAAAAGGAUUUGGCCGCUAAAACUACGGAGUUGAAUGAUUUUAGAAGAGAUAUGAAUAAUAAAAUAAAUGAAAAGAAAGAAUUGGAAAAUAAGAUAAAAAAACUAAAUGAUGCCAGACAACGCGUUAGACAUAAAAUCAACGAGAUUACUUCUUCGGCUGAGCCAGAAGUAACAAAUGUGAAUGUUUUGCAAAGUGAACUAAGUGAAGUUGAGGGUGUAAUAAAAGAGAAAACUACUGCUUUGACAGUUAUAAAAACAGAACUCCGCGAAAUUAAGACUAAAGUCGGCAAGAUAGAAGAGAAAUUAGAAAAUUUCAGUAAGGCCACUGAACAGCUAGAAAGCAGAUUGGAUCCUAUACAGGAAGAAAUAUUGACGAAUAGAAGAAAAUUAGAUGAGUUGUCAAUUGGUGAUCAAUUUCUUGAACAACGAAUAGUUAACUUGAAUAAAGUAAUGAUCAGUAUUCGGUCCGAUAUAGAUAUGAUUCAGAUUAGAGUAAAGAAAAACACUGCCUCAGCUGAAAAGACAGGAGUGCGUUUGCCUAAAUUAAGGGAAGUUGUAGAAAUUUCUAAUGAGAUUAUAGACUUGGAACAAUCUAUAGCCAAAAUGGAAACAAUGUCAGAUUGUUCUCCCAACAUCGUACAAGAGUAUAAAUCUCUGAAAAUAAAGUACAAUGAAUGUGCACACAUUAUGGAAAAACUAAGAAUAGAUAUUAAAGAACUAACCGAUGCUCUAAACCGCCGUAACCGUUACUGUAAGAUGACAGAAUCCUACUUUAUUUCAUAUAUUAAGUAUUCGUUCAAGAAAAUUUUGGAAAGUCGCAAAUUUAAGGGGACAAUUAAUAUAGAUUGUAAUAAAGAAGAAUUAGAACUGAUAGUCAUACCACAAGAAGGCACUCAAGGCUUGACAAAUACUACCAAUUUGUCAGGAGGAGAAAGAUCAUUUUCUACUGUUGCUUUUCUUUAUUCUUUAUGGCAAUGCAUGGACUUCCCAUUUUAUUUUUUGGAUGAGUUUGAUGUUUAUAUGGAUAAACUAAAUAGAACUAAGGUGUUCAAUAUUUUGGUGAAUCAUGCGAAUACACGACCGCAGUUGCAGCACGUUUUCUUGACACCUCAGGACGUUUCAUUUUUAGAUACGAAAGAUGUUUGUAUUUUAAGGUUACCAGACCCAGAGAGAUAAUUUGUAAAGUAAUUGUACUUAUUUGUAUUCAUAUCCGAAUUUAUAUUUUUGUUUAAUAAAAACCUGUUUUCAUGAA